AUGAGCACAGAUACCAUCCAUCACAGACGCUCUUCUCUAAAGACAGCGCCUACAAGGGCCCGCUCUAGAUCCAAAUCCAAGCAGAGAAGACCCAGUCUGGGGAGCAGAAGGUCUUCAGCCAACAUCUCAUUCAUUAGUUUCAAAAAUGAUUAUGAUCCAUCCGCUGUCACUCCAGUCCUGGCGCCAACUUCAUCGAGUGGAUUGCCACCAGUCUCGCCAUCUCUGCUGCCUUCGUCCCAUCCAAGCAUCCCUCCAUCUACAGCCCCUCUGUUGACUUCUAAUGGGUCUUAUGAAACUGAAAUUCCAUCCAUAUCAGCUAGUUUAGAUCAUACUUUACCUGCUGCUUAUUUUAAACAAGAUUUAUUGAGUGUUUUGAAAAGUCUUCGAGUCUCCAAAUGGCACAAGUUACCUUCACAAAUAUACCCAGAAUUGAAAUUAACCAAGAUUUCCGGUGCUUUAACAAAUGCAAUCUAUAGAGUUGAUCCUCCUUCUGUUGUUCAUUUGAAAAAUUUGAAUUUACAUAAUGUCUAUUUCCCAACUUUACUAUUAAGGAUCUAUGGUUCAAAUGGUGAAUCUUUAAUCGAUCGUCAAUAUGAAUUGAAGAUGCUCGUUAGAUUAUCAAAACAAAAUAUUGGUCCAAGGUUAUUUGGUUGUUUUACAAAUGGUCGUAUUGAACAAUAUUUAGACAAUGCUACAACUUUAACAAGAAAAGAUAUCCAUGAUAAGAAGACAAGUUCUAGAAUUGCCAGAAGAAUGAAAGAAUUACAUUCAGGUAUAAGAUUAUAUCAAUGGGAAAAAGAUCAAGGUCCAAGUGCUUGGAGAUCGAUUGAAAAAUGGAUUGAUUAUAUUGAAACUGGAUUAGCAAAUAAAACUUUAGAAUUAGAUGAAAACUCCAUUUUCAAAAAUGAUUUCCAAACUUUCAAAAAAUUAAUUUUCAAAUAUAAAAAAUGGUUAUUUGAUCGUUAUGAAAGUUUACAUGAUUUAAAAAAUUCUAUUGUUUUUUGUCAUAAUGAUACACAAUAUGGUAAUUUAUUAUUUACAACUCAACCUAAAAAGAUUCCAACCUCAAGUAAUUCUUCAACAACAACAAUUCCAGCAACUUCAAAAGAUGGAAAAACUAAUAAUGAGGCCUCAACAUCAACAACAUCAUCAUUGAAAACCAAAUUAUCAAAUUUAUCUUUAGACAAUUUAAAUGAAAUUAGACCUUCAGUUCAAGAGAAAAAACAAGAUAGAAAUUUAGUUGUUAUAGAUUUUGAAUAUUCAGGUCCAAAUGUUCCAGCUUUUGAUAUAGCUAAUCAUUUUUGUGAAUGGAUGUCAAAUUAUGAUCAUCCUACAAGAAGUUUUGCAGUUUUCGAUGAAGAUUUCCCAACAUUAGAUGAACAAUUAAAUUUAAUUUAUAGUUAUAUCUUGUUCAAUUCAGAGCAAAAUCCAGAUAUUAACAAACUAGAAAAACAAGCUAAAAAAUUAUUUAAUGAUUGUAUUGCAUGGAGAGCAACUGUUUCAAUUCAUUGGGGAUUAUGGGCAAUUGUUCAAAAUGGUGAAAAAAAAUCAAUUGAAAAUUCUAAUGAAAUUCUUGAAACAGGACCAAAUGGUGAACAAUAUAAAAUUGUUCAAAAUAGUUCACCAUCUGCAGUGGAAAGUGAUGAUGAAACAAGUUCAAGUGAUGAUGAAUUAAAUAAUGCAACAGAAAAUGCACAUACUGAUUCUGAUAAUUUUGAAUAUUUAAAAUAUUGUGAAGAAAAAUUAAAUUGUUGUUGGGGUGAUUUGAUUCAACUUGGAAUCAUUAAAAAAGAUGAUCUUUAUCUUGAUGGUAAUGAAGAAAGUAUUAAAUUUUUAUUUGCGGAUUUCUUUGACGUGUGA